ACUGUCUCCCUGGUGAGGGGAGGAACCCCCUGGAAAGCACUACAAUCAUGGUCAAGUUCCCAACAAGUCGACUUGUGAAUGGAUAAUCAGGAAACGUGAGGAAACCAAAAGACAAGUUAAAGAACAGAGAGGGCCUGUAACUGGAUCUUCUAUCAUUCCAAUUCUAAAUCCAACUUGAACAUACAUUCCUGGACUUAUACGAAAACAUCCGCGGGGUUACUGGAAGUUGUGGAUAUCAGGGUAUAAAUUAGAUCCAUGAGCUGGAGGAGGGAAGACCAGAACCCCUUGAAUUGUGUUUCGAGGCAACAUAAGCAAAAAGAUCACCUUGUGUUCUCUUUGCCUUCUGAAAGCCAUUAUUACAAUCUUAGAAGACGAGGAAGAAAUUCAGGUACAGAAAAUGUGUUUUAAUAGCCUAAACGAUGGUGCUUGGUGAGUCUUGGGUCUAAAGGUACCGACUCAGGCCAAAGUUCUCAAGCUGCCGCAUACCUUGACAAGGAACAUCUAUUUCUGUCUUCCGACCUACAGUUAUGACCUAAGUCAGGUCAAUACACCUGGUUUACUUGACCCUUUUUAUGCAGACAGUCUGUUAUGCACUGUGGUUUCAGAUGUGCAAUACUUUGUACAAUGGUUUAUUCCCAAGUAUUCCUUCAGCAGAACAAAUGUGUUUUUCUAUAUAGUUCCUUGCCUAAAUAAAUAUGUAAUAUAAAUUUAAGCAAACUUCUAUUUUGUAUAUUUGUAAACUACAAAGUAAAAAAAAAAUGAACAUUUUGUGGAGUUUGUAUUUUGCAUACUCAAGGUGAGAAUUAAGUUUUAAAUAAACCUAUAAUAUUAAAAAAAAAAGAGCCACCGUAGCACUGAUAUUUCUCUUAAUCCUGAUUUUUUUGUGGCUAGACUGACUCAACUGCACAUUUGGACUGCUGAAAUAUAACAGCAAAUAGCUGAGAUGGAGGAGAGCUAAUUGUAUGGCAUCAGUAUUUUAAUAUUGAUCUUUGUCACUGCAAGUGUUGGACACUAAUGUCUAGAAUGGCUCAUCGUCUACCCAGGGCUUACUCAGAGUAAUAACAGGAGAUAUAGUUGUUGGAAGCUCGAGGAGGAGUUUGCUAGAAUAGUCAUGCAAUCGUAUGGAAUGCAGAGACCGAGAGAGCUCUGCAGAAGAACAGGGAAGUGUAAGACCACUUGGAUUUUCAUCAUCGGAAAGAAUGACUUCAUUGAUAUGCACAGUAUUCGAACCUGUCUUUUGGGAGAAUCUCCAUGAUGGAUUUGAUUUAACUGAAUCAACUGGUAGUCCUACACGGUACCCUGUUCCCUCGGGAGUAACACAGAAAUGGAUUUUCAGACUUCCUUUCCAGGUGUGCGUCUUAGGACAGGGAAGCCAUGAAGAAAAAGACAGAGCCUGAGUAAGUGGGACUGAAGGGAAGACGUGGAAUAUUUCUGGAAAGGGGCUAACGUAGCUCUAUUUUGGCUCCUCUGGAUAUUAGUUGUCUACCUCUGCUGUGACAAAGUGCCACAAACGUAGUGGCUCAAAAUACACAUAUUUAUUAUUUUACUGUUCUGUAGGUCAAAGUCCAACAUGAUUUUCACUGGGCCAAGUCAAGGUGUCACCGCGUCUGCAUUUCUUUCUGAAGACUCCAGGGAAAUGUUGACAUUCUUGACUUCUCCAGCCUCUAGAGGCUACCCACCUUCCCUGGCUCCUGGUCUCCCUUCUCUAUCUUCACAAGUCCUGCUGAGUCGUUCUCAUGCUGUUAUCUCUCUGGUUCUCUGCAGCUGGAAGUUUUUCUUCACUUUUAAGGACUCAUGUGACUCGAUUUGACCUACCUGGGUAAUUCAGGAUAAACGCUCCCUCUAAGGACCUUAAUUUUAGUGACAUCUUCCAAGUUUCUUUUGCCGUGCAAGCUAAUACAUUCACAGGUUUCAAGAAUUAGGAGGUGGACAUCUCGGGGACCAUUAUUCUGUCUACCACAUUAGAGCCUCACAAAAUUCUCUGGGAGCCCAAGGAAUUUCUCCCUCCAUCACCUGCUGCAAGCUCAGGCCCUGUACUCCUGCACUCCUAGGAAUGCAGAGGGUCAGAAAUGUAGUCCUUAAAGACUACUUUUCUUCCUCUGCCCCAAACCCCACAAGUGGAAAACUUGAGUCUCAAAGAGGAUUGUGUCUAAAUCACAAUAAUUUAAGAUCACAAUUCAGAUACAUACAUAUCUUCCUAUCUGUUUAUGAACAGCCUUUAUGUCUUAUUUGUGCUUGCUAAUAUUUCCUUUCUGGUUACUGACCCCAGUAAAUGUGCAAUAUCAGAUUUUUCCUUAGGAAGGAGGCAAGUGAGCUAACUUCUUUGUUUUGUGCCUCAUCAGAAUCUAUGCCACCAUGUCACCAUUCAACCAAACCACGGGUAACCGUCAGACCUUCACCCUGACUGGGAUUCCGGGAAUGCCAGAGAAGGACUUCUGGUUGGCCCUGCCCCUCUGUCUUCUUUACAGUUUCACAUUUCUGGGUAACGUCACCAUCCUGGUUGUCAUCAAAGUUAAGAGAAGUCUCCGUUAGCCCAUGUAUUAUUUUCUGGCUAUGCUGGCUGCGACUGAUCUCAGCCUUUCAUGGUCUUCCAUGCCCACCAUGGUCAGCGUCCACUUGUUCAACUGGCGCUCAGUGGCCCUCGAUGCCUGCAUCACUCAAAUGUUCUUUAUCCAUGCCUUUGGGGGAGUGGAAUCAGGUGUGCUGGUGGCCAUGGCUUUUGAUUGUUUUGUGGCAAUUCGCUUUCCUUUGCACUAUGGAGCCAUCACCAAGAGUGGAGCAGCAGUGCUGUUGCGGAGUGUGGGGCUGGUGCUCCCUGUGCCUUUCCUCCUCAAAAGGCUACCUUUCUGCCACUCCAACAUCCUCUCCCAUGCAUACUGCCUCCAUCAGGAUGCCAUGAGGCUUGCCUGCGCUGACACCAGCAUCAACAGCAUCUACGGCUUGCUGGCUGUGAUCUUCGCCAUUGUAUUAGAUGCCUUGAUCCUGUUGGUCUCUUACUUUCUAAUCCUCCAGGCAGUAUUGGGCAUUGCUUCCUCGGAAGAGAGACUCAAGGCUCUCAACACCUGCCUCUCUCAUAUCUGUGCAGUGCUGCUUUUCUAUGUACCUCUUAUUGGCAUGACUCUGAGUCACCGCUUUGGGAAGCAUUUGUCACCAGUAGUACACACGGCCAUGGCCAACAUCUACCUGCUGCUUCCUCCGGUGCUCAAUCCUGUGGUUUACAGUGUUAGGACCAAGCAGAUCCGGCAGCGAAUUGUCCUAGUCUUCCGCAGAGGCAGGGUUGGCUCUUAGGGCUUUUAGGACUUCUGUGCAAAUACAAUCAAGUUGGAGAAGAAUAUCAAACACAGAGCUGUCCAAAAGAAAUUCCUGCAGCAAUGCAAAUGUUCUGAGUCUCUGUUGUUUAAUAGCGUAACCACUAGCCACGCAUGGUUAUUGAAGCACUGGAAUCUUGGCUAGUGCAACCAAGGCACUGAGACUUUAAAUUUUAUUCUAUUCUAAUUAAUUGAAAUGUCAACUUAAAUAGUUACUUGUGCCGAAGACCAGCUAAUGGGUUAUUAUAUGCCAGUGCGCAGUGGUUUUGGUGAAGAAAGAAUUUAUCUGAGAUGGCAUGUUAAAAAGAUGAACAUUUACUUUCUCAAAAUGUUGUCUAACAGCAUUUCAAUAUUUAUAGUUCAUUUUAGUGUGUGGUGCUAUUAAGUUUUCACAGAUGCAUAGUCAUGUUACCACCACUGAAACCAAGAUACAGAAAAAGUAUAUCACUCCCCUAAAUUGCCUCAUGCUGUCCCUUUGCAGUCAACCCCACCACUGUCCAUACCCAACCCCCUAACACGUUCUGAUUUGUUCUACAUGCUCAUAAUUCCUCUUUUUCCAGAGCAUCAUAGUCCCUUCAGCUUGUAGUCUUCCUUGUCUAGUUUCUUAAUACAAGGCAUCUGAGAUUCUCCUACGCUGUGUGUAUGGCCAGUGUAUUCUUUUUCAUCGCUGAGCAGUAUUCCACUGUAUUCAUUAACAACUUAGUCAAGAAAAAUAAACCCUAUAGUCAAGAAAAAUUAUUAGAUAUGGUAUGGAUCAUACCUACUGUGGAGAGAUGGAGUCUGGUAAAAAACAAGGCUGACACUGUAUGUGAGCAUGCAGCUGGGAAUCACGCUGUCUCUGGGACAGACAGAUGGAGGACCAAGUGUUACAAUCACAUUUUCCGAAGCUAUGACUGGAAGCAAUGACCAUAGAAGGUGGUAUGGCCUAUUGGUUAAGAUGAAGAGCUUUAGAGUAAGACAGAUGAGGGCUUGAACACCAGCUCUGUAGCUUGUACAGGUAUUCAAAACCAUUUGAGUUUUAAUUUCCUGCUCUGUGAAAAAAUGGAGAGUAAUACUUAACCCAUAAGCGUGAUGAUAAAUAAAUACAACAAUGCGUUUCAAGGGUGACUUUUGGAAAGUAUUGUGAGCUCAUCAAAUGCUAGUUUGAUUAUGCUGAGAAGGGUGGGUGGGUUGCAGCUGAGACUCAGUGAACAAGCCAGCUUCUUAGGAAAGGUUCCUGGUUAAGAUAAGGACCAUGGGGAGGCAAGGGGGAAGAGGAGGAGGCGCGUUAGGAAGAGUGCAUCCUGGAGCUGAGAACGCAGGGAUGACACUGUACUCUCCCCAUCCUGCUCUGAUGUUCAGGGAGCCUCCCUGGCU